AUGGCAACUCCACCUAAACCAACAAUUAUUGAGAUCAAUCUCAUCUCUGCACAAGAUUUGCCUUCAUACAAAGAAUCAAGCAUCAAAACCUACGUGGUUGCAUGGAUUAGCCCGCAAAAAAAGCUUACUUCAAGGGUUGACUAUGCCGGAAACAAGAACCCCACAUGGAACGACAAGUUUAUAUUUGCAAUCAAUAAAGACUUGGUGUUUCACAAGCCUAACACUACGUUGGUACUUGAAAUCUACAGCAAGCGGCCUUACAGGAAGGACAGGCGCAUUGGUAAAGUUCAUAUCUUGUUGGAGAGUUUGAUGGAUAAAACCCAACACGUUAUGGCAUUUCAUGUGCGUGAUUCGUCAGGCAUGCCUCAAGGGAUUCUUAACCUUGGUAUAAUGAAUUUGGAUAGUUUGUUCAAUCGAUCUAUACCGACUUUUCUUGGUUCAAGCUUGGCUAUUGACUAUAGGAAGUUGAUGGGUGUCAAGUAG